GCUCACACCUCGCUCAUCUUUUGUCUCUACCCCGGAUUUCACCUCACGAUACGCAUCACGCGCCACGCCGCGACCGCUUCCGGACGCACCAGCCAUCGAGGUCCAAAAUAUCGGUGCGUUUGUUGCGUUUGCUACCGCCUCGAUAUAAACGCGGUGCGCUGCUCUCAAGCUUGCCUCACCACAUUCCAUUCCACACCACACCCGCUCGAGUAAAUCCCACACCAACGCACGCGGAUCACACGCAGCACUCGGCACCCCUUGCUUUGAAAUCAGCUUGACUUAGCGACGAGUCCGGUCAAUAUGCGCUGGGCACCUUCUGCUGCUUCCCGUGGCGGCGACGGGCGCGUCGAGGCGCCUGUCACCCUUCGGGGCUAUCUUCUCUGUGUGUUUGCUGCCUUUGGUGGUAUUCUCUUCGGCUAUGAUUCUGGUUACAUCUCUGGUGUGCUUGCUAUGAACGCGUUCAAGAAGCAGUUUGGCACGGCUCCCGACUAUACCAUCAGCACCUGGCAGAAGUCACUUAUCGUCUCUAUUCUCUCUGCUGGUACCUUUUUCGGUGCGCUUAUCGCGGGUUCUGUCGCUGAUUGGAUUGGUCGCCGCUCCACCAUCAUCGCUGGAUGCAUCAUCUUCUCCGUCGGUGUUGUCCUUCAGGUCGCAUCAUCGUCCGUGGGUGUCCUCGUUCCUGGUCGUCUUAUCGCUGGCUUUGGUGUUGGUUUCGUUUCCGCCAUCAUCAUCCUCUACAUGAGCGAGGUGGCACCCAAGGCCGUCCGCGGUGCUAUCGUCUCUGGCUACCAGUUCUUCAUCACCAUUGGCCUGAUGCUCGCCUCCGUCGUCGACCAGGGUACACACGCCAUCGACAACUCUAGCUCUUACCGCAUUGCUAUGGGCCUCCAGUGGCUCUGGGCUCUGAUCCUGGGCACGGGUUUGUUCCUGCUCCCCGAGUCACCGCGCCACUAUGUCAAGAAGGGCCGUCUCGAUGAUGCUGCGGUUUCCCUUAGCAAGCUUCGUGGUCAGCCGAUUGAUUCACCGUACAUUAAGGACGAGCUCGCUGAGCUCGUGGCGAACUACCGCUUCGAGUCUGAGCACAUGCAGUCUAGCUGGUUGGACUGCUUCCGCGGUGGUUGGGCGCCGUCUGGUAACUUCCGUCGCGUGUUCAUCGGUAUUGCCCUGCAAAUGAUGCAACAGUGGACCGGUGUCAAUUUUAUCUUCUACUACGGCACCACGUUCUUCAAGCAGGUUGGCAUCAAGAACGAGUUCCUCAUCAGCAUGAUCACCACCAUCGUCAACGUGGUCUCGACCCCUAUCUCCUUUUGGACCAUCGAGAAGCUCGGCCGUCGCAUGCUCCUUAUCUACGGUGCCGUCGGCAUGUUGGUUUGCGAGUUCAUCAUCGCCAUUGUAGGCACCGUGGACGAGGGCUCUAAGGCCGCCGGCCUCUGUCUGAUUGUCUUCACUUGCUUCUACAUUUUCUUCUUCGCAACCACCUGGGGCCCCGCUGCGUGGGUGGUCAUCGGCGAGAUAUUCCCUCUCCCCAUCCGCGCAAAGGGCGUCGCUCUAUCCACAGCCUCCAAUUGGCUCUGGAAUUUCGUCAUCGGCUACAUCACGCCGUACAUGGUCGACGAGGACAAGGGUAACCUCAAGAGCAAGGUCUUCUUCGUGUGGGGCGCAACCUGCACCAUGUGCGUCUUGUUCGCGUACUUCCUUGUACCCGAGACCAAAGGUCUCUCGCUGGAGCAGGUCGAUCGUAUGCUCGAGGAGACGACGCCGCGCAAGUCUGCGAAGUGGCAGCCGACGGACUCGUAUGCCGAUGGCGCGAUCGACAAGGUAGAGGCCAUCGCCUCGCAGAACCUAGAGCACCGCGAGAAGGUCUAGACGCGAAAGCGGUCUAUCUUCCCUUCUUGGUGUGUAUUGGCAGUGAAUUGGAGUUUGCUAGAAUGAUCUUGCACUGCGAGACACUGCGUCAUGGAUUGUUAUCGGCGUGACACGGCGUCUUCCGGGGUGGUAAUGUGUUUCUCGGAUAUACCCCGGCGUAUGGAUGAAUUGGUCUUGUUAGUCACGGCGUUGGUGGCGUUCGUCGUGGACUUUUUGGUCUAGUCUCUUGUGUCUUGGGGACUUUGUCGCUUGGCACAUCACUUCUUGUAUUGAAUAAAAGGGACUUUCAUGCAUUAUCUUACGGUAGAUAUUGGGUGUGGAAUGGUACACGGGC